UGUGGACGAUUCCCGCCGUCAGGACCCCAGACAGGCGACUUGGGGACGACGCGGCGGCGUUUUGCCUUCAAAUAUCAAUCAUCGUCUCCCUCCUCACCCUCCCUCCUCACCCUUCUCCUCACCCUCCUCCUCACCCUCCUCCUCCUCACCGUCUCACCCUCCUCACCGUCUCAUUCUCACCCCCCCUCACCGUCUCCUCCUCGCCGUGGGGCCGCGAAGAUGAAGCGCGAUGGCAGACGAAGUUGACGCGAGGGAGCAACACUUCCACAACCGCGUCAGAGAGAGCAUCAUCUGCUUCCUGCUCUUCACCACGCUCUACAUUGUCUCCUACGUCACCAUCACGAGAUACAAGAAGAAGGCGGACUUCAUAUCAGAUGAUGACGAAGAUGCCAUGGUUAACAGAAUAUCGCUGUGGCUCUGCACGUUUACGCUCGCCAUGUCGCUGGGCGCGGUGCUGCUGCUGCCCUUCUCCAUCGUCAGCAACGAGGUCCUGCUCUCCUUCCCGCAGAGCUACUACAUGCAGUGGCUCAACGGCUCGCUCAUCCACGGGCUGUGGAAUCUGAUCUUCCUCUUCUCCAACCUCUCGCUGGUCUUCCUCAUGCCCUUCGCUUACUUCUUCACGGAGUCCGAGGGGUUUUCCGGCUCACGGAAGGGCAUUGCGGCGAGGCUGUACGAGACGCUGGUGGUGCUAUUCCUGCUGUCGCUGCUUGUGGCUGGGAUGGUGUGGGUGGCCUCGGCGCUCAUCGACGACGACGCCGCCAGCAAGGAGUCUCUCUACGAUUUCUGGGAAUUUUACCUGCCGUACCUCUACUCGUGCAUCUCGCUCUUCGGCGUGCUGCUGCUCCUGUUGUGCACCCCUCUGGGCCUGUCGUGUAUGUUCAGCGUCACUGGUCAGCUCCUGGUGAAGCCUCGGUUGUUGGAGGAUCUAGACGAGCAGAUCGACUGCCAGAGGUUUGAGGAAGACACCAUCAAGAGGCGUCUAAAUGGCACCGCGUGCCAGUGGGUCAAGGUGGACCAGCAGGAGCUGGCUCAGGCUCUCAGCGUCAUCACAAUGGAGCGCACAAAGCUCGAGACACGGCGACGAGCAUCUCCUUGGCAGAGAAACCUGGGGUACCCGCUGGUCAUGCUGCUGCUGCUGACGCUGACGGGGGUCUCAGUGCUGAUCGUCUCAAUCCACAUUCUGGAGCUGCUCUUCGACGAGACGGCCAUGCCGAAAGGAGCGCAGGAGCGUGGCCUGGGCAAGGCGUCGCUGUCAGCCCUUGGAUCUGUCGGAGCCGCUAUUGAGGUCGUCCUCAUCUUCUACCUGAUGCUAAGCUCGGUGCUGGGAUUCUACAGCCUGCCCACGUUCAUGCCGCUCACUCCCAAGAGCCAGGACACUCCCAUGACCAAGAUUAUCGGGAACUGCGUUUCUCUGCUCAUUCUCAGCUCCGCACUGCCCGUGCUGUCCCGCACACUGGGAAUCACCAACUUUGACCUGCUCGGAGAUUACGGUCGCUUCAAUUGGCUGGGGAACUUCUACAUAGUACUGCUCUACAACCUCUUGUUCGCCGGGCUCACGACGCUCUGCCUUGUCACCAAGUUCACGGCCGCCGUGCGCCAGGAGCUCUUCAAGGCACUGGGUCUGGACAGGCUGCCCAUCACGGCCUCAGACGGGUCAGGCCAGAGGCAUUCCACCAACGGGCACAGCAAGCAACUGUGAACUCGGAACCGCGGUGAACUCGGAACCACUCACGGGGCAGCUGCCCCCCCGGGCGCCCCUAUCGUUACCUCGCCUGCCCUGUAGCGGAGCGCGAGAGGCGAGCAAAGUGCGCCGUCGCGGUCGUGCCGCAAGCGCCCGGGAUGGGAACGAAUCGGCCCGGCGGCACUUUUCUUCGCGGACGGUAUAAGAGCGUUGGUGACGCCGCGGCCGACUGCCUCGAUUUUCCCGAAGGUGAUGCCGCUCUGAAAACUCGGCAAGGUAAAAUUCGCCAAGUGCCGUGGUUUUUAGCGGAGCGGCAGCUGCGUCAACUUCUGGGGCUGCGUCACGCGUGGCACACAUGCACGUUGCAUGCGUGUCAUACGUGCGUGCUGCAUGCGUGUCCUGCGUGUGUGCUGCGUGUAUGUCACGUGUGCGUAUCAAGCGUACCUGUUACACGUGUGUGCGUGGCGUGCGUUGUGUCGCACGUUCUGGAGAGGGUUUUCAUCGUCUAUGUAGUUGCAGUUUUCAGACUUAAAAAGCUUGACUCGUAACUUCAGAAAAGAAAUGUUUACACGUCUUUGCCUUUACGCUAGCGUGAGUCUCAGAAAUUAGUCGCGCUCAGAAAGAUGAGCGUCCUUUUGUGUGAAAAAUUGUCGCCGUCCUUGGUGUGUUUUUUUUUUACGUUUCCUUUCAAGCGUUCGCACAAGAAACGUGCGCCCGUUAAACUGGAAUUGAAACGCGAUCAAACAAGUUGUUGACUUUUAUAAUCCGACGAAUCCAGUUCGUGAAGCGGCGGUGUGGACAGACGCGCACGCGCCUUUGCCCGGCGUGGAACAAAUACAUUCCUGUUUCAUUGACUCUCUGUCAAGGAAUUUCAAAAUCGGGCAAAAUAAAAUCCCUUCGUUGGCCUUUAGGAACCGCGAGCGCCACCGGCUCGCACGAGUCAUGGCCCAUGUACUCAUCUCCGUCAGCAGCCCUGAGCCAGUGCAAUAAAUACCACGUUCCCACGGCGGGUAGGCUUGAGGUGUGAACAGCGUCCAGCCUUUCCACAGGAAAAAACAACCCCCGCAUUGUCAACCGCAAAGGGACGACAAUCGGUGGACCACUCACCAGGAUUUUGACCUCGUGACCAGGCCCUGACCUUCACGUUGCGGGUGCAGAGGUCUGCCACUGCGCCGGCACGGAGGAUUUUCUUAACGCGGUGACGUCUCUACGUGAAUCCAUCCACGCACUCAUUCGGUCAUGCAUUCGUUUAUUCAUUCGUAGUCUCGGCACAUGAGCGGAGUAAAGCGGUGUGUGCUCACAGCACCCGGCAGGUGCCGCGAUGCCGGUUGAGCGCACCUGACUGAUGCCGGGCUUGCAUAUACAGUCACCACGUUUCCUGCGUACCGUAUACAGUCACUGCGUUUCCUGCGUACCGUAUACAGUCACCACGUUUCCUGCGUAUCGUAUACAGUACCCGCGUUCCCAACGUUCACACGUGCUCCGAAUUCAGCGCGUGCGCCGCAGCUUUUGUGGACUUAUAUUGUUUUUUUUUGCUGUGAAAUAUAUGAUCUAAAUAUAUGCAAAAAGCAAUAUUGAACAUUUAAAAGAAAGCCAAUUGAGGAAUGCACAAUUCAGCUCUCAACACCCGAUCACGGGCCGUGCCGUUUUACAAACAUUGGCGAUUUUUAUUCAACAGUUCCAACUCGCUCGCAAUUUUAUGCACGCCCCCAGCCCCCCUCCCUCCCCCAUAAAAGGAAACCAUAGGACACCCCGGACGCGGUGUAUAUCCACCCACGUCAAUCGAAGGACGCACCACUGCGAGCACAGGUUUCCCUCCUCGCUGUGUGCGGCUGACCUAUUUCUACCAAAAAUUUGCUCUGCUAUGCGGUGUGAAUUCACUCUGCGUGCGGCAAUGCGGUUGCACCUGGAGCACCAUUGUGUGUGUGUACUGUACACGCUAAUCGACAGGCAGCUGUCCCCUCGUGCGGUUUCGCUUAGCGCUCCCUUAUUUGUUACCGCAUAGAGUGAGGGAAACCGGCAGUUGGACACUGCGAUGGGCACACGGGGGGACCCCGAGGAAGCUUCCCCCCACACUGGCGAUCGUCCAGCCGGCAUUUGUGAGCGGUGUGUCUGCCGCGCAACACCGUGGUUUAGUUUGUCAGCGUUCGUAAGAACCGGCCAGUUUAAAUUUUUUUGUGUUUAAGUUCAGAAAUGCGUCUUUGCUGUAGCAGUCGGCGGCUCCCUGCUUGGUCCCCACCCCGACCCCGCAGGCCCCGCCGUAAGCCACCCUCCCACCCCGCCCCUUGCUUCCCCAUGCUGUCUGCUUCACUCGGCGCUUUUAAGAAGUGGUUCGUGCCGACGGAUGAUUCGCGAGCACGCAACGUGCCCCAUGCGGCGGCGGUGGUCCAUUUCGAAGAAUUAUUUAAAACGAACGAGUGAUUGCCCUUCGUAUUUGUUUAAUGAAGGGCUGUUUUAUUUCAUGUUUACCUGAACUGUGGAAUUUUAUUAUUGGAAAUCUUUGAUGCUCGGGAUUCUUCAAAUGCUCGCGAGGCUCCUCGUUGUGUCACCAGCGUCCUCCAUGGCAAGAGGCAGGCGGAGUAUUCGUUGGCUUCUGAAAGUGUGCACGAUUUGUAGCGUGACCUCGUUUAAAGUGCGAUGGGGAAGGAAACUCAUAAUGGGGGGCAUGACGGGGCCAGUAUUAAACAAACUUUGAAUAAAUGUUCUCACGUGGCAGAGCGAGUGGGGAGGUGCUGCCCUCUACCGCGAGUGUCGCUUGCAGAAGCGAUGUCAGAGGUAGUUCCAUCAUAUCCACUUCUGUGGGCCCGUUGUGCAACACGAAGGAUCGCGCCGCUCAGCGAGUGAUCAAAAUAGAUGAUUCAUCUCAUUACGUGACGCCGAUAGCACAAGCAGGGUAAAAUUAGGGGGAAAUUACAAAUCAAUAACAUGCUUCAAACCAUAACAAAUUUUAUAUGGGUGGCAGUGUGCCAUAGCACAAUAGUAACAUGAGUGCAUCACAGCAGGGGCCUAGGUUCAGUUCUCAACACGGACACCCUUCUGCGUGGAGUUUGUAGGUUCUCUCUCCCCCCUGUUCCGCUUGGGACUCCUCCAGGUUCUCCGGUUUAUGCUGAAGAAUUAUUCGCAAAUAUCUCGAGUGGGAUUGCACACACAGCAGCAGCAGCAUCGGCACCCCCUCCCCCGCACCCGCAGCGACAACUUGGUGGGACCCUUGAGACUUGGCAAGACUUCCCUGAGUAAAUGAGCUUAAUAAACAAAUAAUAACAACAGGAAGAAGGUGGCUGAGCCUUUAGUAGGUGGUGGGGGGGGGGGGGGUGCUCAGCCCCCCCAUCCUUCAGGCCCUCCCACUACUGGGAGUGAGCGGUGGUCCACUGGUGAUGGCAUCUUGGGCUUUAAGUGACGAUGAUGAUUGUCCUUGAAAACCGAACCAUAUCAGUCAUGGAGGCUGCUUAAUCAUACUUCAACAUGCUGGCUACUGCUGUUGUUUAGGAACCUUGAUAUAUAUCAAAUACAUAUCUGAGACAAUAUGGAAAAACCACUUUGUGCAUCAGUUGACCAAAAUUAAUUUCUCACAGAACCGGGACUAAUUCUAUCGACCCGGCGGGGAUGAUGGACAAAGUCGAAAUCUGACCAGGAAAUCAACUCAAAAACCGUUGAGGUUGUAAUUAAAAUAUAAUCUAAACUAAAAACUAAACUAAGUUUGUUUUACCAGGUAAAGCCCACUGGGCUACGUAGUUGUUUAUCAGUAGCGGCCUGGCCACAAUGAUAGCUCAACGAAGUGGCUUAUCACGUGGAAAUGUAUCGCACCCAAAUACUCUAAAUGUACGUCGAUUCUAAAUGUUGACAGAAAAACUGGAGAACCCGAAUAAAAAUCCACGCUCCCACAGGGAGAACAUGCAAACUCCAAAUAUGCAGGCGUGGUGGUCAGGAUCGAACCCACGACCUCCUUCAUACCAGGUGAGGUAGUCAACAUCUCGCCACCGUGCGAGUGGCACAAGCUGAGCAUAAACUAGGCAUUUUAACGUUACCCUGGUGUUGUAUUUCUAGUUGCUUUUGUUGUUGUUACGCGAUCUUUCUGUUCUGGUGUUCGGCCCCAUUGAUUUGCGCCUUGGGGUUCUGACGGCGGCACUGCCCGUCACCUCGCAGCGCCAGCUUUGUGGGUUCGUGUCUGGCCACAGCCGGGUCAUAACGCCGCAGCCCCCAUCGGACCGGUUUGAACUAUUAAGUCAAAACCUCGAAAGCAGAGGUGAGGGGGAAGCCAUCGUCGGCGUGACUUCAUUUCACACGUGUCCCGGUAGCACCAGGCCUACCGGCUCCGCGGACGAUAUUUACCCGUCACUGCAAGCAUCUUAGCGCCACCGACCGAGUACCAUUGGGGGAGUGUACAAUAUUUUCGAUCUAAUUCCGUGCAAGUGAGUCUCUCCCUGUGCCUCCUUCGUGCCUGCUGGUCGUUGGUUGAGAUGCAAUUGAUUCAGAGGAUUUUGUGUUGUGCCCCCGGGUAAACUUUCUAACCUGCAUUUAUAUAGAGUUUAAAGAUAGUAACCCAUGCUAGCUUCAUCUUGGUAGCCCUAAUCGGGUACUGGUGGGAAAUGCUUUCGACGUGACAACACUGUGUUUACAAAUGUACGCUGCCGCUGUAACCGAUCCGUGUGUACGUGUGUGGUUGCCGCAAAAAGUUGUGUGAACGUUCUGUUUGAACCAGAGUAAGGAGAAGGUUCCCCGCCCCUGGUUUCCGAAAGCCGCCAUUCGCGCACAAGACCUGAGGGUGAGUUGCGCACCUGAUAAGGGUGUGACGACUGCAGCGCCGGGCUUGCGGGCGGUAGCGUUGACAGCGUCCCAUCGGGGCGGAAUGGUGCGUUCACGAGUUCUCUCCGCGGGGUUUCUCCGCGCGUUGUUUCGCAUGACGUCCGACGUUUCGUUCCUCGUGCUGGGCGACCAGACGGCGCUGUAGAGUUCCACCGCGACAACCCCACUCGGUGUUUGGUUGCCGUCUGCCGAGGCGCGGCGUGACGUUGUCGAUGUUUGGAUAGCGGAGGCGGUGGAUGGCCUGAGCUGUUGGUGAGUGUUAAGCCAGGGUCCACGCCCGAGCUAUUCGGUUGUACGCAACCAAAGUUGCAACGUGUUGCGAGCAGCUGCUUAACCGGUUGCGAGCAGUAAAGGCUGACUCCACUUUAGAGCAACGAUCUGCUCGGCAGAGAUUGAUCACGUGACACAUUUGCGCACUGCGAUGAGCCGUUUCUCCAGAUGUUAAGUUGCACGGCGAUUUCGAAUCGAGAGCGAACUUGGUUGCACAACCCAAUCGCCCCGGUGAGUGGAGCCAGCUUCAGGACCGCGGUUGCUCUGCCCGCUCUGUGUGUGCGCGUACACACGCACGUACGCGCGAUGACGCGGAACCUCUGCUACCCCUACCCCCCUUCUGCCCCCUUUCCCGUCGCGGCGAAGGCCUUUAUUGUGUAAGCUCGAUCAGCAAUAACGCGUCGUUGCGUGAACGACGCGGUCUCGUGCGUGUAGUGCACAUGCCACUCGUGGCUGCGCUUGUGUCGGCAGCGCCAGGGACUUCGCGUUCCACUUUGGACACGGCCGUGGUGCGGUCCGGUGACAGCCCGUCGGCUGAAACACUGGUUCUUGACCUUCAUGUCUGUUUGUUGAGUGUGCUUGUUUAACUUUUUCCUGCUCCCAAAAACCAAAAUGAAUAAAAAUCGGAAGAACUUUUUGUAAAUUCAACAGAACCCAUCAUUAACGUCAAUAAUAUUUACUUGUGUACCCAGCAAAGCUACGCCGAGUUGCCAGGAUUUAUUUUUCACGAGGGUCGUACCAAAUUGUUGUUUGGCCAGCGCCAGUGACGUUGCAUGUAUUUUUAGCUUUGGGAGGAAACCUGCACGGAAGAAUCCCUGGCAGAACAGGGGAAGAUCACGCAAACCUUGCACCCGACAGGAGGCGCGAGUCGGUCAUCGAAGCCAGGCCGUGCUUUGCGGUGAGACACCGUGCCGUGUGGCAAGAGUAGCCGGUGAAACCGGGAAGUGAACCCCUACGAUGAAAGCUGGAAGCCGCCGAGUGCACUGUGCUGGCUCACAGCUGGUUUCAGCGAUCAGCCGGUGACCUAUAUCAUACUUGCGUAACAAAGUCCAAUAGAGUACCAGCAUCGAUCACCGUCACCACCGCCACCACCAGCACUACCACGGCACUGGACAUUACACGGGAGUGCUCACAGGGUUAGAUACCGUACGACCAACAGGGGAGUUGCCGUCACGUCCGCCGGCGCUCUCCAGGAGAGCUGGGACGAAACUCGUCCACUUGUGAAUCGGCUCUCACACCUGCGCGGGAAAUCCCUGGGGUCGUGGUAGUGGUGGCGUUCGCCGACCUCACCUGUUGAAGUGAGAGCACAAAUCGGUUCGUGACAGCACUGCCGCGCUGCCAGCGGCGCUGCACAAGCACAAGAAACGAACCCCCCCCCCCCCAAAAGAGGGACAAUAACGUAACAGGCGACGUUUCGGGCGAUGGGCCUUCUAUCGUAGCGUAGUAGAGACAUCGUGGCGGUGUUAGUGACGGAUGAACGUGUUGAGCUUUUGCAGGAGUGAAGAUAGAAUCGUCACACCGUCUCCGUCUCUCUCCGACCAUCUCAUCUCGUUUACUUUGGCUGUGAAAAUCACUGCAAGAAGUUGCCACCAAGAGUGGACCGGGGCACCGCGCACGUUCAACCGGGGCAUUGGUGCCCUGUCCAGCCGUCAACACCCCCCGGAGCAGCUCUGCCGGGGCGGUUUAAGUUGGCGGUCCUCGAGAAACAUUGGUCCAACAAAGACUCAUGGGCACCGCCAGGGGAGACGGAUGCUAAUAACGAUUCUGUCGACGCAUUUCAGCUGCACAUCGCAACUCUGCGCGAUAGCAAGGUCGCCUCCGAAGCUCUCGGUGAGGCAAUUGUUGCUAAAAGAACCUACCGUGGUUUUCUUUUAUCGAAAGAAUAUCUGUUUGGGGAUCACACCCAAUGUGACAUGAAAUGAGCACAGACUGGACUUAAUAGGAACUGUGCCCUGUGCCUGGUGCACACUGCCCAUGUUGAAUGUUGCCCAUGGUAGACAUUGGGGGCCGUCCAUAAAUGACGUCACGCGAUUUUGGACGAUUUUUGAACCCCCCCCCUCCCUUCGUCACACGGCGUCACAAAAAGUCAGACCCCCCCUCAGAUAUGACGUCACAAAGCUGCCCCCCCCCCAAAAAAACAUGCUUCAAAUCGCUUUAAACUAUUGUCAUUGUAGUGCGUAUUUAAUGUGCCGCUGCACUCUGAUGUUGUAGGAGAAAACAUUAAAAAGUCUAUUUAAUUAAGUAGAACAUGUUUAUUUAUUUAAAGUUGCGCAUUUUGAUGUGACGCCACAUUUCUCACCCACCCCCCCCCUCGUCACACAUCGUCACAAAUGUCUGACCCCCCCCCCCCCAGGUGCGUGACGUCAUUUAUGGACGGCCCCUUGGUAGCGAUUGCCACCCCAGGUGGUGUCGACCAAUCCUCUCGACCAUUAUGAGGUGCAGAGUUGGCCCGCCUCCAGCACCGGCAUCUCACGUUGAACAUCGAUUCUCAUUGGCCAAGCACCACCUUAAACCUUGGUCACCGCAUGCUUGGCAGGGCUGUCGAACACGAUGGAUUUGUUGUUGUUUGGUUGUUGUUGUUGGUUGUCUUUUCCCCGUGCGAAUUUAUCACAAUUAAAAAUAACCGUGAAUUAUGAUUUUUGUUCACGUGUGCUGUCCGUUUGCGAUCGUUGUGUAAACACUGUGACCUUGCUUCGUGUGCUCUUGUUGCCGUGUAAAUACUGUUGGUGCAUCUGUUGUUAUUACAGUUUUAUGAUUCAUUUUACAAGGCCGCUUGUGUUGAUUCUCCG